AUGGAAUGUGGUUUGAUGUUAACAUAUGAAAAUGAUAAUUCACUCUUGUUAUCUGUUCGACAUGGAAAUCUCGACAUAUUGGAAAAAUAUUUGUUAUCAGUAUCAAAUCCUAAUAAGUAUCUUAAUCAACUAUAUGAUGAAGGAUACAAUCAAAAAUGUACUUUAUUAACUAUUGCUUGUUUACAUCGAUAUGAUGAUAUAAUUCGUAUGAUACUUCAACGUUUUAAACCUGAUCUUGAAAUAAAAAAUGAUAUAUUAUUCGGAGAUGGAAAUAAAAGUCAACAAAUGUGUUUUAAUGUUACAGUUUUAUGGACAGCAGCAGCUACUAAUAAUUUUGAAAUGGUUAAACUAUUUGUCGAACAUGGUGCUAAUGUUAAUCAUACAACGAAAACAAAUUCAACACCAUUACGUAGUGCUUGUUAUAAUGGAAAUAUAGAUAUGGCUCGUUAUCUAAUUGAACAUGGUGCUAAUAUAAAUAUUGCUAAAGAAAAUAAUGAUACAAAUCUUGCCGUAAGUGUAUAUCGUAAACAUUUAAAUAUGGCUAGUUAUCUCGUCGAUGAAUUAGGUUGUGAUGUAAAUAUGUGUGAUAAUGAUGGUCGACCACCACUAUAUGAUGCUGUAAAUUGUGGAUCAUUGGAAUUAGUACAAUUUUUACUCGAUCAUGGUGCUCGUAAUUUUCCAGCAAUUUGUGAUAAAAUGUCUCCUUUAAUGUGGGCAGCUGAGAAGAGACGAACAAAUCUUGUAGAUGCUAUUUCUUCUCAUUGUUCAUUAAUUGAACAGAUCGAAGCUAAAGAAUUGCUUGGUAGUGCUUUUGCUUGUGCUGAUCUUGAAGAUCGUGAUUUUGAAGAAGCAUUUCAACAUUUUAUUCAAGCACUUCAUCUAAGAUCAGUUUAUAAUCUUCCAAAAAAAUUAACAACAACUACAAUAGAUUUAUUCAAUCAUAAACAAGAAUGUCAAACAAUUGAUCAAUUAAAUGAAAUUUAUUCAAAUCAUGCACUUAUAAGUAUCGAAGCAUUACUUAUACGUGAACGUUUAUUAGGUCCAAAUAAUGUCGAAUAUCGUUAUUCACUUCGUUAUCAUGGUGCUAUUCUAGCUGAUAAUAAUCAACAUUAUCAAGCAAUGGCAUUUUGGAUGUAUGAACUUGGAUUACGUGAAAAAUAUUCAAUUAAUAUGGAUUCAGAAAAUUUACGUCAUUUUGCUUCAAUGUUUAGUGAAAUGAUAUUUGUCUCAUUAGCUAUACCAAUUGAGAAUUUGCUAACGGUAAUAAAAGUUACAAAUGAAGAAUUAAAACGUAAUACAGUCGAUUUCGAUUUUAAUCUACAUACUUUACUUUUUCUAAUAACAAUUACUAGUCAAUUUCUCACAAAAAUGAAUGUGCCUGUUAUUGAUCGUCGAGAAAUAUAUCGAUAUCUUCGUUCUAUUAAUCAACAUAAAUAUGUGACACAUUUCAAUGGAUCAUCUUUAUUACAUUUGAGUUUGGACAGUAGUACAUUAGUAGACGAUUCUUUUAUUGAACGUACUUGCAAGUAUCCAUGUUUGGUUACAGCUCGUACACUUCUACAAUGUGGUGCUGACGUGAAUGAACCUGAUGCUAUGCGAAAUACACCACUACAUAUAUUUUUAUCUAAUUCGAUUACAUGCGACGAAACUAUAAUCAAACUUCUUUGUGAUGCUGGUGCACAUCUAGAUUAUGUUAAUAUUCGGCGUGAAACAGCCAUCGAUGUAGCACCUGAUGUGGUAGCUAUAAGACAAUUAUUAAAAUCUAAAAUGAAAUCUAGUUUAAAGUGUUUAUGUGCACGAUUAAUACAACAUAACAAUGUACCGUUUCGUAGAAAUAUUCCAAUUUUACUUGUUCGAUUUGUUGAAGAACAUUAA